AUGGGUAGAUGUGAUUUGAAUCCAUUGUGUUUAAUCAGAAGAGAUACAGAUUUAAGUAGCAUUGACUGGUACGAUUUCAUUGUCGAUUGUUUGGUUAGGACGAAGAAGGUUUACAACUCAAAGAAAGAAUCUUCUUUCUAUUAUGGACCAGCAGCAUACCUUAUGUAUGUUGAUAGUUUCAAGUUUGAUCAUUUGCAAGUCACACGUAAACGUCCAAUUAUUUUUUAUUGGACGUCAGAGAAGAUAAGGUUUCUUGAAGAAGAAUGUCAAGAAUCUGAGUAUAAUGAGGAGGAAUCUGGUGGUGAUGAGGAUGAAUAUGAUGGUGAUGAGGAUUUAUGUGAUGAGGAUGAAGAAGAGUUUGAUGUUAAUAAGGUGUAUGAAAAUAAAAUUUCAUAUAUGUAUCAGAAGAUGGAGGAUUUGAAAAAGGAUCUUGUUGUAAAGAUAGAUGAGGGAGUGUUGAAGUUUCCUCAAAGUCAAAAUUUGAAAAAUUGGAAAUUAUUAUUUCCUGUUGAAGAUUUAAGCACAAAAAGUUUUGAUUUCCAUUAUGUUUCACAACAAAAUAAAGAACCGAUAUUGACACCUGCUUUUGUUCAAGUUAAUGAUGAUGAAAAAAUCACAGAAGGGGAUGGGAGUUGUCCAUAUGAGGGCAAUAUUGGUAAAAAUGAUGUUGAAGGUAAUGGUGAUGUUAAUGAUCAUGCAUAUGAGGAUGAUAUUGGUAAAAAUAAUGAUUUUUUGAAUGAGAAAGAUGAUGAACAACAAAAUGGAAGUGGAUUCAAUGAAGAAGAGGCCAUAAGUUUAAAUUUUGUUGUUGAAAAUGUUAGUACCGAAAACUUGGUUGAUGGUUGUAUAAAUCAGAAACAAGUUGAAGAUGAUGUUAAUGACAAUUUGACUGGUUUUGAGAAAAAUGAAUUUGAUGAUGGGAUUGUAAAUUUGGGUGAGGAAGAUCAUAAGAAAGAAGUAAUUUCAGAUCAUACUGUUGAUAAAGUUAUUGUAGAAAAGAAGAAAGAAGAUGAAUUAAUUCAUCCAAGUUUAUUGAAAGGUUUUGCUGAAGUGUUAGUUGAACUUUCUAAAGCAAAGAAGGAUGGAGAAGGUGUGGUAGAAAGUGAAGGUGUUGAAGUUCAUUCGGAUUUAGGGAAAGCAAUAGAAGAUUGUUCAAAUAAAAAUAAAGAUGGAGAAACUGCUAAAGAAGGUUUACAAAUUAUACAAUGGAAGGAUUCAAACGAGACUCAAUCACUGAAAAAGGACAAUGCAGAAGUGAAAGUUGAGAAGUUUUCUUGUCCAAGUUUUAGUCUUGGAUUUAAUCAAGAUUCUCAAGGUUCCAAUAAGGCAUCUCAAAGUCAAAGUUCUACUGAACGGAUGACUAAGAAAAAGAUUAAGGAUAAAGUUUAUUUGGGAAAAAACAUUUGGUGGGCCAAAGUGUGUUGUUCAAGUGUUGAUGUUAUUGAUGCUAGUCUAGUUUCUUUUGCACCACUUUUGGGUACAUUAUAA